CUCCCUGUCUCUCCUCAUCGUCCUCGACACCCACCAUGGCUGCUCGUCGCUGACCGCCCAAUGUGAGAACCUCUCAUCAGCGUCCACAACGCAUGUCGCCCGCCCGUGACUCCCUUUCUUCCUACGUUCGCAUAUCCUGGCCACGUCUUACCGCUACUCUCGUUCCCUGUCUCAUUACUCCUUGAUUAUGGGUGGCGUCUCAGACAGUACAGCCAUGACGGGCACCACUGAGGGCCAAGGCCUCUUCUCCCUCGUCGAGGCGGCGACCAUAUCUUCACCCAUUCCCACCCCUCGAGAAUCCUCCGUUGAUGGUGGAUUUGCUCCCGGAAGCCUCAAGGGUGCCAACAGCUUGGGUGUGAGUGUCGGGAGCACUAGCAAGGUUCACAGCGCCAUGAAACACCGCCGCCUCUCAUCCACGGGUCAAACUCGGAGGAGGUUGAGUGAUGCACGGGAGGCAACAAGCCGACCUUCGCCAGUGAUGCUCCAGACCGCUGCUGCGGCACUGUCAUCUUUGGCAAACCUGUCUCUGGCGGGCUCUCCCCCUCCCCAAAGCAUACCCCAAUCCGCAACUUCUUUCGCCUCUGCCAGCGGACAGCUGACUCCGUCAUCGGCCACCAUGAUGCCGAAGAUUGAGGUCAAGGACGACAUCAUACCGGACGACUCUUCGGCGGCUGCUCCGGCCAAGACGGAGAUCAAUGGCGCUGGGAUCAGUGUGACCAAGUCUGGGAAGAAGAGAGGUACAAUCUUCAAGUGUGAGAGUUGCUCCAAGGUAUACCGACACCCUUCGUGCCUAAUCAAGCACAGAUGGGAGCACUCUCCACAUUGGCGUGAAGCAUCCAAGUUCCUGCUGAGCAAACAUCAACAAGUGCAAUUGCUGGAGGCGGCUGCUAUUCUAUCACAUCUCGCGCCCUCUGCGUCUGGCGGGACAUCCCUUCCAGAGGAUCGUUCUUUGUGGCCAUCCUUCCUCUCUGGUGGGCUUCUUCCGCCUCCGGAUCAGGCCAACAUUGUCCAGGAUACGAAGUAUUCCUCGAAGGCUCAUGCUUCCUCCGUCUCCACGUCGCUCGAUCAGCCCAUUACGUACCCGACGUCGAGCUCGGUUCCUGUGCCGUCCUUCCUGUCGACGAGGUCUUCGUCCGCGUCAGGCCUUGGCUCCAAUGUAGGCGCCGCGACGAACACCGGGCGCUCCCCGUCGGCAGGUCCGCGUAUGCACGAUUAUGCGGUCCCAUCGUCAGGUGGGUUCACGCACGUCCGCCCCGGCGUCGUCGGCGUCCCAACGAGCACCCACGCAUUCCAGCAUCCGCCCACGGCGCACGCUCAGUUGGAUGUUCGUGCGCUGACUCCCGGCCGCAGUACCCCGAGCAACGGCACCCACGCCUAUCCCCCGGCCGCACACCGCUCCGCCCCCGUCCCUGUGCCUGCAUCCGCUCGGGAUGCCUACCGCGAGCCUCACGGUCGCAACGGCGACGGAGGAGCGUACAGCUUCGUGAGCGGCGCGUCCGUCUCGGACGCGUGGAGCUCCCCGGUCUCAGUCGGCUUCGCGCAGUCGUCGUUCCGCUCGUCGGUCGAUUCCGUGUCCGCGUCGUUCUCGGCGUCGUACUCCGCGUCUGGGGUCGGGCACUCGUUCUCCGAUGGGGCGGGGGGCUGGAGCUUGCCGCGCUCGUCGGUGCGCUCGGGGUCGCUCAGCCGCAGCCACAGCGGGAGCGUCGAUAUGGAUGGACCUGAGCGGCCUGAGGGUGAGUUCGUCGACGUCGAUGCCGUGGGCGUGAGCGAGGACGGGGAGGGCGCGGGCGCGGGCCGGUUCGGGGGGUUCAUCUCGAGGGGGUGGAAGGGCCAGCCUGCGCCUGCGAAGAUCGAAGAGGAGUGGGACGGGAUAGAGAUGGAGAUGGAGAUGUAGGUGUGAUCGCUAGGGUCCAUCUGCCGUGUUGGCUCCGGAAGAUGAGAAGAUCUCGGACUGUUGUUCAUGUGAAGUAUCGUUGGUUUUCGUGUAUGUUACUACUCACGAGGAGGAAGAUUCGUUUGACCGGUGGCGGUUCGUUCGUUGUCCUGCACUUGGCGGGCAUCCCCUUCUAUCAUCUCAUCGUUUUGUUGGAAGAUGUACACAUAUCAUAUCUUCGGUCUACGCUGCACGGUUACGUCCCUCCGCCCAGUUAUCAUCUAACCACGUCUAUUGUCGUUGUCCGUCGUCUGUCGUCUGUCGCCGCCUAUGUGUACAUGAUUAUCCGUUGUCGUUGUUCCUGUUGUGCAACCAGUACGUGUAACUCCUCUGUACUCACUACUAUGUGUCUCGCAUCGCUCGCUAUAUAUUCGGACGUUCACC